AUGAUUUCAUCGAUGCCAAAAACACUUGAUUAAAUUUAUGGAGUCAAUUUUAAGAGAGUACCCAUAUUAUAUGGUGAAAUGGAAGGAACCAAUCCAUUGCCAAUUAAUGAAAUAGAUGAAGACUAAUAUUCAGAAAAAAAUUCAUAACAAUAAUAAAAGCGUUCAUUACCACCAUUAUAAAAGAUUGAUAUUAGAGCUGUAGGAGAGAAAUAUAAGAAAAAAUAAAAUAUACAUCGAUCGCCAGUUUUAUCUUCCUAAUUUGAAUAACAUAUUGGGUUUAGGAAUACUUUUUAUAGAUAUAAUAAAGUUAAUUUAGAAUCUAGAUGGAGAGUUGAAGAAAUUAAAAAUAAAGAAUAGGGGUUGUUUACAAAAUAUGCUUAACGAUUUAAUGUUCCUAAAUCUUAAAUCUGGAAUUGA